AUGGCUUCUUUAAAGCUGACGACCCAGAUCAGCACCUCCGCGGCCGAGUUCCCGUCUGCCGGACCUCGCCGGAGGCCGAACUUCGGUGGCCCAGUAAAAAACCGGGUCGGGUUCAGAGUGUACGCGACGCAGCCCGACACGGAGCCCGAUCUCAGCGUGACCGUCAAUGGGCUGAAGAUGCCGAACCCGUUUGUUAUCGGGUCGGGCCCUCCUGGAACCAACUACAAGGUCAUGAAACGGGCCUUUGACGACGGUUGGGGCGCCGUCAUCGCCAAGACGGUAUCACUGGAUGCUGAAAAAGUCGUAAAUGUGACCCCUCGGUAUGCCAAGUUACGGGCUGAAGCAAAUGGAUCGGCAUUAGGACAGGUGAUCGGGUGGCAAAAUAUCGAGCUCAUAAGCGACCGUCCUCUAGAAACAAUGCUAAAAGAAUUUAAACAGUUGAAAGAAGAGUACCCGGACAGAAUACUUAUUGCCUCAAUCAUGGAAGAAUACAACAAAGCUGCAUGGGAGGAACUUAUCGACCGAGUCGAGCAAACUGGAGUUGAUGCUCUUGAAAUAAACUUUUCGUGCCCGCAUGGUAUGCCCGAGCGCAAAAUGGGUGCUGCUGUUGGCCAGGACUGUGCCUUGUUGGAGGAAGUUUGUGGUUGGAUAAAUGCAAAGGCAACCGUUCCAGUUUGGGCUAAGAUGACUCCAAACAUCACAGACAUUACUCAGCCAGCUAGAAUAUCUCUGCAAACUGGAUGUGAAGGUGUUUCUGCAAUAAACACAAUUAUGAACAUUAAAAUGUGUCACUUUAGGUACUCAACACCUGGUGGAUACUCGUCAAAGGCUGUCCAUCCUAUUGCGCUUGCAAAAGUGAUGAACAUUGCACAAAUGAUGAAAAACGAAUUUGGCGAAAAAGACUAUUCCCUUUCUGCCAUUGGAGGUGUUGAGACGGGUGCUGAUGCGGCUGAGUUCAUACUCUUAGGAGCAAAUACAGUCCAGGUAUGCACUGGCGUUAUGUUGCAUGGAUACGGCCUCGUGAAGAAGCUUUGCUCCGAGCUACAGGUUUUCAUGAAAAAGCACAAUUUUUCGUCCAUAGAAGAUUUCAGGGGGGUUUCACUCGAUUAUUUCACGACCCACACGGAUUUAGUUAGAAGGCAGCAAGAGGCGAUUCGCGAGAGGAAAGCCGUCAAAAAAGGUCUGCAAUCAGAUAAGGACUGGACUGGGGAUGGCUUUGUGCAGGAAACUGAUAGCAUGGUGCACUCGUCCCCAUCUUUAGAGAUACUGUGCAAUUGUAAGCACUCGUCGGCCCGAAUGCGCGUAGGUGUCCUCUGGAUGCGUUGGGAGCAUUCGGUAAGUGUUGGAAACAUUCCGGGUGCGUGGAGAGCAUUCUGGAAAUGUGAAGAGUGUCCCAGAGGUGCGAAAAACUGUCCAGAAGCGUGUGGAACGUUCCAGAACAUUCUAGAGCCUGUGGAAGGUUCCGGAAGCAUGAAGAACGAACUGGAAUAA